CAACGGCCAGCCUCAGCAAUAUUUAGUAGUUGAACUCCUAAGGCGAAAUUGAGGAUGAAUGUCUUGAUGAGGAACUUAGUAAUAUUAAACAGUUGCUGAGUGAAAGUGGUUGUCCAGAAAAGUUCAUUGAUAAGAAUAUGAAUGUAAACCCGAAGCAGUUCAAGGUACCAACACUUCCUAAAAACGCCUUAUUCUUACAGAUGCAGUUCCUUGGGGACAAAACCAGUGAGAUACUAACACAGUGCCUUAGAAAUGCUGUGAAAAGAGCAUUCCCUGCUGCCGAAUCACGCUGUGUCUUCAAAACCACUCCUCCUUUGCGUUCGGGAGUAAAAGAUAAACUGUCUAAUUUCGCCUCUUCCAUGUGUAUCUACCAAUUUAACUGCUCUUGUGGACCCAGUUACAUAGGCCGUACAAUCAGAAGUGUUUGUCAUCGAAUUUCCAAACAUCACCCUGCAAAGUGGUUAAGUAGUAAAGGACAAACAAAAUCUAUUCGUAGCGCUAUCAUAUCUCAUCUUUUUUAUUGAAAAUUUGCAUCACUAAAAUAUUUUAAAAACUUGUACUUCACUGAA